GAAUCUUUUGUCUUAUUAUUACUUUAUUUUUCAACUUUUUCCAUUUUAUGGUAAUUUUAUAAAAAUCCUGAUUCGUUCGAGGAUAAAAUCAGAAAGUUAUAAAAUCUUUUUUUCUCCUUUUGUAAUCCAACGCCUGACUCGCUCAUACUUUACGCUGCAAUAAGUACAAGGGAGAAGAGGAAAAUGGGGAAAACAGGUUCGGGAUUUGUUUAUGAAAUUUAUGCUAAGUCAGGGUAUAAGAAACCCGGAGAAGGCAGGCAGGCAGGCAGGUAAAUUCGUCUCUGUCAGUCAGCGUCGUGGCGGGUAAGAGACGACACUAUCCGACACAUCUCUCGUCUCGCCUCCCGCGCUUCUCCAACUUUCUCCCUACGAUCUCUUGCCGAAUUGUGACAGUGUCGUCGUAGUCGUCGUCCGCCGGAAGGAUACGAUGCCGCGCCGCGCGAUAUAUACUCGAUGUGCUCGGCGUCGUAUCGAAAGGUAGUAAGGAGUGGGAGAUUGGAUAAUGGGGAGGGGAACCAAGUUCCGUGGUUGUAGCGGGGGUUGGUGUGCUCGCGGUGGUGGUAGCAGCGACCAGGGGUAGGGAGACCUUCACGUCGCAGAGCACCGAGAACGGUGUACGUCGCUCCGGCCAGCGCCAGCUUCAGUGUCGUUUCGGCCACGGUCUCGUACGGUCGUCGUGUUCACGGCGAAACAUCACUCUCUCGCUUCUUCAGCCUUUCUUCCCGGUCUACUUUCGCCCCGUGAGACGUUGCGCUCGUCUCGGCGAGAUACGAUCGUUCUCGGCGUCGACCAAGUUCGUUAAAGAUGGGCUAGAUCGAGAAGCGGCUUUUGGGUGCUCAGCCGCGCGAGAUCAAAAUUGGCGGAAUAAUGUGUCGUGACAAAUAGAAAAAAAUAGGAUCAGAAUUGUCGAGUGGAAUCAGUGUUGAAUCGAAUCUAUCUCAUCUAUUUGAUCGAUAUCGUCGCGACUGUACAGUUGAUAAGACCGGUGUGGUGGUCCGCGGACAUUGUAAGAUGAGCCCGGCCUCCCAGGGCGCCCUGGAGGUGGAGCGUUACAUUGGCAGCUGUCUAAUCUCGUCCAACGUGCGCGCCGGACUGCACGGUAAGUCCGCGACUGUCUGUCGGAAGCAGGAACAACCAGCGACGGUGGUACGCGGCGGCAAAGCCCGCGGCUGUUACAAUAAUGGAGGACAAGGUUAUUCCGGACUGGCCGAUCAACAGCAGUGUCAAGUGCAGUACGGCGGUCCGAGCGGCUGGACGGGCGCGCCGCUGAUAUCAAUGACGUCGAGUCCGCGCAGAUGUAAUCAGCGAUCGUCACCGUCGCUCGGUCAACAGCAGCAGCAGCAACAGACAACUUGCUGUGUCGAUCAACAGAUACCGGGCGGUCAUUUGCAUAAGAGUCCUCUGUCCAGGCUGGCAAUUCACACGCAGGGCGCGCCCCUCAUUUUAACCGGGCGAUUCUACAAUCGCGGCAAAGUACACGGCAACAACAGCAAUAAUAACAGUGGCAAUUCUAAUGGCGUCAUUAACACGCUCUGCGGCAACACCGUCGGCAAUUAUGUUAAUAAUAGCGCGAACCCAUCGAUGACAAGUAACGUGAACGGCGCGACGAGAUGCUCGGCAUCGCGAAUCGUCGCUCAAAGGCCGACGGAGACAACCAUGAAGAAGGCAUCGACGACGAUUUCCGCGAAUCCCAAGACGGCGAAUUCCUCCGACUGUUCCUCCGCCGCGGGAAAGGAGAACGCCGGUUCCUCGAGUAUCGCGAACAUCGAUUCGCUUAGUAUCGCGAGCGACGAGAGUUCCGGUUCGAAUAACUCGGAGAAUAGCCUGCCGCGCAUAAUCAAGCCUCGCAAACGCCGAAAGAAGGAUCGCAAGCCACCGAAUAACGUCGUCGCGAGUGGCGUCGAUGUGAUAAAAUCGGAGGAGCCGGUAACAACGCAGCGGCAACAAUCCUCGGGUUGUAGUACCGGAUUGUCCGGGGAACAGAUUAGCGUCGUCGGCGUGAAAUCGUACGCGCCAACCUGCUACGAACCGAGAAUUUACGAGGCGGUCGCGCCGCAACUCAGGAAUUACCGGAGGCCACCGGUCGGUCAUCGGGAAACUAUCUACGGCGGUUGUAGAGCGCCGUCGAUGCAGACGGAGAUGGCGGACGUUAGGCAGCAGCGGUACGCGCAUCAUCGGCACCACGUGCAAGUGAAAGUUCUAGACGACAACCGUAACGUGGUCGCGGCGCCGAUGCGUGCAGCAGCGGAGCCGCCCAAGGGUUACCGGCAUCAUCAUCAUCAUCAUCAUCAUCAUCAUCAUCACGCCAACGGUAACGGCAACUGUAACAGCAGCCUGCCGCGACGUUACGUUCAUGAAUAUGCGGCCGAGCCCUGCGAUGCUGCCACCAGGGAGGACGGUCUGGGCCCGUGUCAGUGCCGAUAUUGCGAUCCGGCCGGUCUGAUCUGGGAUGUCGAUCGGAACGGUUACUCGCCGUUCUUGACAGCGCCGCCGCUAGCGGCGGUUCCACCGCCCUCGUCAACAUCGUCCUCGUCGGGUGUCGAUUAUCGUUGCGGCGGUCAUUUCGGUCAGAUACCGCUGUUUCUCACGCCACCGUGUUCGAAUCUACAGGAACGCGCGCUUGACAGACUGUUCGACGAGCACUCUCGACCGCAGGAUGGCGGUAGAGAGUCCGUUGCCGGGCCCGGCGGCGUGGUUUUGAGACGCAGCUGGAGCGAUCCGACGAGUUACUUUAGCUACGGCGAGGAGAUUGUCGCUCCGACGAGGGACGUCGGCGUCAUCGGCGAUCGUGGCGGCCAGUCCGAGAGCGGAAAACACAAACGGACACUCUGGCGCGGUGACAGCAUCGGCAGUGCGCCGACGAUCUCGUCGACCGGCGUCAACGGUGUGGGUCCGAACGCCCUUGGCGGGCCUGCCGCGUCCCCGAAAGGCCUCGAGGUCUCCACGGAAAUUAUCACCUCGCCCAACGGCCACCGCGACCUGGAGAUCAAGUUUUACUCGUCGCCGUCCCCCGCCGAACAUCUCACCGAGGAGGACAAGUCAUCGUCGAGCCUCGUCGAGGAGGCUGACGAUGACGAGAACGGGGACGGCGACUUCAGCGACAUAUGGAGUUACCACGAAUCGAAACUGCAGCAAGACUUCCGCACGUUGCUACAAGCGGAGGAGUGAUGGGCCAUUUCGCCGACUUAUUACUUUGCUCCAAGUGUCCACGUGCGUUCGCGGUCGCGUAAACUCUCUCGGUGGAGUGCGAAGUUAGAGCGACAAUGAAACAACAAUAAUAAUAACAACAAAAAACAUGGAAGAAAAAUAGAGUGCGUGGACGACGCAGUGUUUGGCAUGUCCCGAAGCGGGUGACAAAAAAAAAAAAGAAUAAAAAAUAUGACGACAUUUACUUCCAUCCGACGCGCGUAAACACAGCUCGACCGACACUCGCCCGAGUCUCGCGGUGUCACUUUUAUGUGCGGUUGAGGGUCUCGGGCCAAGUGUCUCGGCGCUGCGUCGUUUUAUGAAGCGCGAAGCCGCGAAACCUCGACGAGACGACAACGACAACAACGACGACGACGACGACGACAAUGAAAAAGAAGAAGAAGGCGACAGAAGGCUUUUCACCGCUAACGGUGCUCGUAGUAUACGCGUGUGCACGCAACGUUAUACGCGACCGGAUGGAUCACCGCUUCGACGCUUCUUCUAGGUGACAUUUCGCGUAACGAAAAGUGAAUUUAUUCUCAGCAACGAGAGAGACAGUGUGUCGAACGUAGCCUUGUCACGAGCGCGUUAUAGUCUGGAAAAAUCAAAAGAAUAUAUAUUUGUGCGUGUAACGCGCGUGAUUUUAUCUAUCAUGCAUCUUAAAUCCAAUGAAUUUUUCUUGUAGUGGGUUGUAGUACAACGUAUCGAUUGUAUAAGCGAGAAUCGUUCAUAUAUUUACGCAAGUGUUUUUUAUGUCUUUUAUGUUUCGCUUAUGCAAGAUUUCGCUCGGAGAUCUAGAGGUGACGGAUUUAAUUGAGUUGGUUUUUCGAAAGGAACUGUUCGCGUUUUGUCAGAAAAUUAAUUAUCUUAUAUGUUUUAUAAAAUCGUUUCAUAGCACGAUAAAUGAUGUAAUAUGUCUAUUCGUCGCUUCAAGUUGCGUCGAUCGAUUGAAGAAUACCGAUUAAUAAAUUUUGUCGAUUUAAAAGUGUCUAGCUACAAAAAAUGUUUAGAUAAUCCUGGUUGGCGUAAUCGCGGUUUAAUUACGUAUCGAUUCUGUGCGUGGAGUAGCCACUUUCUCUUUAUUUUCGUAACUCGUUUUCAAACAACGAUAGUUGUACUACGAUUUACGGCGAGAAACGAGCAUAAAAAAGGCUAGGAAACGAUGAUAAUGUAAGAAUAAAAGACUUAAGGGACGGGAAAUAAAAAAUAUUUAAAUGUUUUUGAUAUUUUAUGUAUUACCAAUCAGAAUAUCGGAAUACCUUUAUCGUAUCCUUCAAUAGUCGUGGGACCACUCAUCUCUUUUAUUUUUCUGCUACAUCUGUUUUCCGAUCGAUAUUUCCCAUUCAACGAUUUUAUCUUAUCGUAAAUUUUUAUUCCAUUCCGCGCUCUAACGUCCGAGUCUUAUAUUUCAUCGUGUCUUGGCUGUAACGCGCAAUUAAAGACGCAUAGGAUACUAAAACAUCGUCGUUAUACGCGUAAUUAAGCAGCGACUAUUUUUCUUGAUGUUCGUUAAUUACAAAAAGCGACGAUUUUGUAUGUAUUCUACGCGCGGACGCGCAACAUAUUUUUUAAUAAUUAUUUGCGCCGCGAGAAGUUAAAUCAUCUCCCGACAGACAUCACGCGUGCGUGCGAAACUUUAUUCAAUAUUCAUAUCGGAAUAGACAGCUCCAGACGUGAGAGCGCCAGACGUGGGGCGCACGAUGUCUAGAAGAAGCGUCUGGAAAAAGCAGCGUGCCAGCCGCGAGGGGGUUAAUCACGAAGGUUAAUCGCGAGAUGCAUUUGGGCCUUGCAUGGUUUCGUCCCGCAUCAAUAAAACACUGUUGCGGGGCGGCGAUGUAUACCCGCUUUUUCUCGCCGCCACCGUUCAAGACGAGUAGCGGCGACGUGACCGUUUAAAACGUAACGUAGCAAUUAAUCGGAGGAACGGUCCGGUCCGGCUGCUGGCCGCCGCCGAUCGUAAUCGACGUCUGCGCCUUCCACCCCGCCCUCACUCCUCUCGCGCCCGAUAGUAGGUCGAACUGUCGGAGAGAGAAUCUUCUUCUACUGCUUCUUUCUCCUUCUUCCCUUCCCGAGGGGCGCUUGCCUCGCGUGAAAGGAGCUACCGCCUUCGUAUUAGUAACUGCGUUUAAUCGCGCGCGCUAUCACCGCGUUUUAUCGGAUAACUCGGCACAACGGUUUAGCUCGUUGACUUGAUAACCGGGCGGCUGCCUCGCUGCGAGUUCGUAACAUUGUUUCGCGUCCCAUCUCUCUUCUUCUUGCGCGCCGUUUACCGUUGCCUCUGUUAAAUAACGGCAGACGGAUCAGGUAAACUCGUUAUUCAUUUGUACAAUAUUAAUACUUUAGAAGUGGGACUAUCGCUGUCGUUGUUCCGCCUCCGACUUGAAACUGGAUGGAAGAGAUGUUGUCGUACGUUCCGUUACAGGGAUAUCUGUCUCGUUUAGAAUCGACACCCGACAACUAUAAAGUUUAUAGCCUUUGAGCACGGAAUUAAAUUGUAAUUACAGUACAGUUUUAUGUUCUUCUCUCUUACCGUGAAACUUACGCAGGAAUUUAAAGACUUUUAAUUUGAAAUAUAUAUAUAUUUCGCGUUUCUCUUUCUACUCCUUUGAAUGACGUAACGCUCUAUCCAUUACGUAUAAUACUUUCAUUUAUCUGAAGAAAUCGAAACCUGCUCUUUAGAAUUUCAACGUCGAUAAGGAUCUAAAAAAGUAUCGAUAAAACCCAUCGUUCCUCUCAAUUUAUUAUUAAAUGACUUCCGUCAUUUUUUUCGGAAAAUGUUAGUAUAAUCGAUCUUUGCGCUUAUCGCAACGGUCGAAGCUCUCGAUAUGAUCGUGCGAGGGAGAAGGAAGGCGCGGCAGAAAUUACUGCGGCAGGAUCAAUCUAUAUAGACUCGAGAUAUACUAUAUCUAUAUUAGAAGGAAAGGCCAUCGCGCAGAUUUACACAGAGCGUAGAAGCGAGUAAACGUAGAGAAGCGAGUCGGCCGGUCACACGCGCGCACGCGCGCGCGCUCGCGACACACACGCAUACACGUGUAAAGUCUAUCGCGAUCUGUGUCGUGAUAGGUCGAUUCGUUCUUCUGUAAAUCUGCGCUCGAUGAUCGAGAGAACGUCGUCGGUCGAGGAGACCGAGAUCGUGCGACGAAUCCUGCGUCAUUUUGUAUGCGAUAUACGAAGACUAUACCACCUUAUCUCCCCGCUCCCUUUCCGCGUUUCCCCACAAUAUACAAUGUCAACCAGACGAACAAAAACACGCAUUACUACGCGAGCCAUCACAGCAUUAUAACACGUUAUCAUCUCUUCAUAUACGCGCGCACAUACACACAUACAGCCAAUCAACCACCACCUAUCGUUAGACCGUAAGUCUAGAAUCUAAGGCGAUCCAUUUAGAUUAUUAUCUUCGUUGUCUAUAUGUGUAUAGAAGAAAUUGCGUGAAGACAGUUCGCCUUUUGUUGUUACGAUUUCGAAACGCGCGAUGGAAAAACGACGAGGUUCGACCGGGAAUCUAAUUGAAUGGAUAUUUUUUAAUACGAUACGUGUCUCGUUUUGGAGAAAUGGAGCAAAAAGAAAGAAUGAAUAGAUUAUAAUAAUGGAUAAUAAAGUGACGGGAAAUUUCAAAGACUAAAGAAAUCUGUAAAGAAGAAUUGAGAUGAUAUUAUAUUAUCUCUUUAUAAUAAAGUACACACGAUGCUUGAUUGACUAUAUAUAUAUAUAUAUAUAUAUAUAUAUGUAUAUUUCACACACAUUAUGAAUGCAAACGGCAAUCGGAGGUUUGGUGUUCUAGUUUUCCAAAGUGUACAUGCGGUGGAAUUACUCGUGAAUAUUUAUAGCUGCCGUUUCUCCAAAAAGAAGCGCGCGCGGAUUAAACUAGGAGGAAACCGAUGAAAUCUUGUUAGUAUUCAGUACACACUCGCAACGCCGGGAGUACGAAGGGCAGGCCGUAAAAAUUCUCCAAUGACUACGACGACGUCCGUUUAGGUUGUAACGGGUGUGCGCUUUGUGCCAAGUUCGACGCAGCGAGCGUGUCUCGAGCGAGAGAGUGCGAAGAAUGAUAUUAGCAAUAUUUCUCUCUUACCGGCGAGUCGCACGUUGCGGCAAGUUUUAUUGCCAAGUGGCGACAGAUAAAUAUUUUCCUUGGUUCCUUGUUAAGGUUAGAGUAUGCGCGCGUCACACCGAUGCAUAAUCACGCAAUAUGUACGCGAGGAAGUUGCACGUAACAGAGAAAGAAAGAGAAAGAGGGAGAACGAUUGUGCUUUAAUAACAUCGUCGUCGAUAUUUUUAUUCGGGAAUUUUUAUUGAUCGCGUCCGAGGAAAAGAUUUGUCGCUCGCAAAUGUCUCGCGUGUCUAUUCGUGUGUUUAUUCGAUUGCACUCAAUCUUUGUUCGUGCUGCAUAUAUCGACGUAUAUUUUCGGUUGUAUUAUAUAUUUACAAUAUUUCUGCAUGCGCUAUAUAAAUGCAUCGAAUGCAAUAUUCGGCGGAGAGUGAAAGACGCUAAAGCCAAAUAUAAGUCGAGUAAUACGAGCCUGAUCUAAGAUCAAUUCAUAAAAACGAUCUUUUCUUUUCUACAUAUAAUCGGUCUUUCAUAUUAAAAAUAUAUAUAUAUAUUCGCACACACGAAUCGCGUAUUAGAUUUAAAUGAAAGGAUUAAAGAGGGAGGAAAUUACAAUUGCGUAAGUUUUCAUAGCACACUUCGACUUGUUCACAAGUUGUCGCUUUGUUGUUACAAGCGUUUCUGCACAAAUUUUCUUCGUUCGACUUAUGAAAGUUACGGCUUCGCUUUGAUAACUUUGAUAAUUCGACAAUAAGACUUGUAACGCACUUUUGCGCGUAAUCAAAAAUAUCAGCAGCUUCUAUAAUCACGUGCACAUUCCUGGAUGACGGUGCAACGAUUGUUGUGUAAACAAAAAUUUAUUGUAAGAAAAAGAAAAGAUAUAUAGCGCGUUUGUUAUCAUGAUCUCUUUGUGAGAAAUGGCGAUUUUAAUUUAGAAAAAUUUAAGUGUUCUCUUAUGCGUUAGAUUGGAAUGAUGUUUGCUGAUUUAAUUUGUUACGAAUCUAUUUUCUGGCGACGAAAGUGACCUAAUUUACUUAUCGGUCUAAUGAUAAGAAAUUCGUUAAGAUACAUAUACUAAUGUAGCGCAAAAAUUGACAAACAAAUAGAGAGAGAGACAAAUAAUUGGCUAGAGAGAGAAAGAGAGAGAGAGAACGAUACAUAAUUUAUUUUUUGAAAAAUAGUAUCAUCAUUGAACAUGCUUUUGAAAAAGAUCGUUAUCAUCUGCUGCCGUUCGAAAGUUACAAUGUGAAAGGCGUACAAAAUGUUUUUUUUUAUAUAUAUUGUUACAAAUAUUCACGAUUUUUAUUUACUGAAUGUCUAGAGAAUAUGACGAAGAGUGACAAAUAUUGGAGAAAAUAACUACUGCAAAUAUUGAACAAACGAGAAAUAUAUGGAGAGAUUUAAAAAAGAUUGAAAAUGUGGAAAAGCUAAUAGGAAAUGCUUGAUAGUGAGAUAGAGUUCGUUGACAGAUCCUGUGCUUUUGCGGAAACUUGAAUUUCGAUAUUAUUGAAUUGAAUAACUAUAUGAACGUUACAAUUCAUAUAGUUCACAAAAAAAAAAAAAACUCACAAUUCAAAUCUCUAGAGAUAAUUGUACAAGAUAUUAUAAAAUUGACUCGCUGGAUCGUCGACAUUUAUUUUCACUGUUACCUAACUAAUUAUUUUCCCGGCUUCGAUGUCGUUUUUCUCGAUCGCUAGUCCAGUGGUCGCUUCAGAAAUCGUGCUUUCCGCCUAAUCUGAUCUCUGACGAAGGCAGAGGGAGAGACUCGAAAACAGCCGAAAUGGAGGAGAUAUUCAAUGAACGUAAUUUUAAUGAUUCUUUACUGAUAUCCCUUUCUUUCUUUCUUUCUUCUCUUUUUUAUCCCCAUGUCGGCCGUCGAUCGUUUUUAGAUUCUCUCAUCCUCCUGCUUCUUCUUAUGUAUUUAUUUCACUCAUCGUCGAUUGACGUUAAUAACGUAUUGUGAUAAUGCAACGAUAUAAUACAUACAUGUAAACAUUCACACACAUACACAUACAUUACACACAGAUACUCGGCUCCGCUUCGUCGUAAUAGACUGAUCAACAAAGCCGACCUAUCAGUGUCGCCUAUAGUGCUAUGUCGCACUAACUCGAAUCAUACUGUUUGGAGAAAUCAAUAAAAACGUCUUUAAUUUA